GCCCAAUAUAGAGGACAAAGCCCACUAGGUGGUUUUACAGAUUCGUACUGUAUAAAGAAAGAUUGGCUUUGCUCGUCUGCCGUCUUACAAGGUCCAACCACACAGCGGCAGAUUGACACAGGAGAGAGAGAGAGAGAGAAGCGGAGAUGCCGAAGUUCGAUCCAUGGCCGGUGUUUUUCAGGCGAGAGUGGAAGCGAAACUGGCCUUUCUUGGUCGGCUUUGCCGUAACAGGAGCCAUCAUCACCAAGCUCUCUCUUGGUCUCACUGAGGAAGAUGCAAAGAAUUCCCCCUUCGUGCAGAGGCACAGGAGGUAA